AUGAACUUCUGUGUGCAGGAAAUAUAUGAGGUCUACCCAGGUGCUGCAAGCACGGGUUAUAUGCAGUGUCCAGGCUCUUGCACAUAUGUCGAAGAUAGUCAGAAUUACAGCGGCUGUGAUGCUCAGGCCGGGCACAGUAACAACAUAUAUAUGGAACAGGCCUGGGCAGUGAAUCAGCCGUAUACCUGUAGUUACCCUGGAAACAUGUUUAAAAGCGAGUACUCUGACAUGGACAUGGCCCUGAAGCCGUACAACCAACCUGAAUAUUUCACUGAAGAAAAGCCUACUUUCCCUCAGGUGCAGUCGCCAUCGUACUCUCAGAAAAAAGGGUACAUACCCAGUUACUUAGACAAGGACGAACUAUGUGUAGUUUGUGGUGACAAAGCUACUGGGUAUCACUACCGAUGCAUCACUUGUGAAGGCUGCAAGGGUUUCUUUAGGAGAACCAUUCAGAAAAAUCUCCACCCAUCUUAUUCCUGUAAAUAUGAAGGAAAGUGUGUAAUAGACAAAGUCACUCGGAACCAGUGCCAGGAAUGUCGUUUCAAGAAAUGCAUCUAUGUUGGCAUGGCAACCGAUUUGGUAUUAGAUGACAGCAAACGGUUGGCAAAGAGGAAGCUGAUAGAAGAAAAUCGCGAGAAGAGACGCCGAGAAGAGCUGCAGAAAACCAUCGGGCACAAGCCAGAGCCGACAGACGAGGAAUGGGAUCUCAUCCGAACGGUCACGGAAGCCCAUGUGGCCACCAACGCCCAAGGCAGCCACUGGAAGCAGAAGAGGAAAUUUCUGCCCGAAGAUAUUGGACAAGCGCCGAUCGUCAAUGCCCCAGAAGGUGGAAAAGUGGACUUGGAAGCCUUCAGCCAGUUUACAAAAAUCAUCACACCAGCAAUUACGAGAGUGGUGGAUUUUGCCAAAAAGUUGCCUAUGUUUUGUGAGCUGCCAUGCGAAGAUCAGAUAAUCCUGCUGAAAGGCUGCUGUAUGGAGAUCAUGUCCCUCCGAGCGGCCGUGCGCUAUGACCCAGAGAGUGAGACUUUAACCUUAAAUGGGGAGAUGGCCGUGACGAGGGGCCAGCUGAAAAACGGAGGCCUUGGGGUGGUGUCUGACGCCAUCUUUGACCUGGGCAUGUCACUGUCUUCUUUCAACCUGGAUGACACUGAAGUGGCCCUUCUUCAAGCGGUCCUGCUCAUGUCUUCAGAUCGCCCGGGGCUUGCCAGCGUGGAGAGGAUAGAGAAGUGUCAGGAGGGUUUCCUGCUGGCCUUUGAACACUAUAUCAACUACCGCAAACACCACGUUGCACACUUUUGGCCAAAGCUGCUGAUGAAGGUGACGGACCUGCGGAUGAUUGGCGCCUGCCACGCCAGCCGCUUCCUGCACAUGAAGGUGGAGUGCCCCACAGAACUCUUUCCCCCUCUGUUCCUGGAAGUGUUCGAGGAUUAAGAAGGACU